AACAAUCUGUUUACUUUGAGGUCUAAUUUUGGGAUUAAAAACAAGUCCUAUAGUGAUCAUGAUAGUGAAUCUUGGUCACUUGGGUCAGUAGAAGCAGCAGGCUCCGUGAAUGGGGAGCUUGAAAGAUCUGAAAAUCCCUCUGAUACUGGAGGAAGAAGACAAUGACGUGGCACCUUGGCGUGAACGGGAUGAGGAAGAUUCAAAGGAAAGGCAGUGCCAAGAUAUGUGGUCAACUCAAGCAUUAAAUGAGGCAACAAAAAAUUACACUUCCAAGGAGAGAAAUUCAAAAUCUAGCCAGGAAAUGAUGGGGGAAACGUCAAAUGGGGGUGGAAGAAUGGGGCUAACGGCUGCAAAUUUUGAAAUAAGUAAUGAUGCAAGCAGGAUUAACGAAGUGGAACCAAUUGAAGAAAAUUGUAGUUGGGUUGAAGAAACAAUAGUUGAAAAAAGAGGUUCUCGGUUAGAAAUGAACCAAAAUAGCAACAAGAAGGUGGAUGGAGGGGCGGUUGGGCCAGAUGCAAAUGGGCCAAAAAGGAAGUCCCAUGUAAACUCUAAACAGACCCAAGAUUCACUGCAGGCCAUUUUACACCUCAAGGGAACAGAGGAACAACCCAAGAAUGUGAGAAGCAACGAGCCAGAACAGAUAAAGAAAAAAACAAAUGGGUGCAGCUCAAGUGUGACUGAAAGCUGGAGGUCUUUUUUCCAGGAGAUGGAUAGCGAUACUGGGACGGUGAGACAGUGGAUGAAGGGAAAGGUAGAAUCAAAAACUCGGAAGAAGAAUAAAAGGACAAAGGCAUGUGCAGUAGUUUAUAAAACAGCCAGGCUAAUCAAAAUAGAGGCAAGGAAAAGAAGAAGAGGAAGAACAAAGAAGAAUCAACCAACGGACACGUCCUUACUGGAGUUCAUCCCCGAUGUGAAUUGUGCAGUGGCUGAUGAGUCCAUAAACGACAGCAAUAUCAACAAUUGUAACAGGGCCAUCUUAAAAAGCAAGGAGGAAUUUGGAGCAAAGGAAAUUUGGGAACUUGCAAAAGAAAUUGGUGUAGAGGCACAGGGGAAUGAGGAACUUAUCCUACAAAAAUUGGAGCAGCUAGAGGAAAGGGAUAGGAAUCAACAAAAACCCAACAAUCGAACAUCCACUCUUGGAGGGGAAGGAUACUUGGGUGUCUAUGGCUUUUGGGGCACUAAAAAGGUCCCUAUUUACAUUAUAAAUGUCUAUUCACCAUGUGACAGCAAAGGAAAGAAUGAAUUAUGGAGCAAUCUGGGCAACAUUGUUAACUACAAAGACACAGCUGUGUGCGUGGGAGGGGAUUUUAAUGUCACUAUUUCACAAGAAGAAAGAAGAGGGUGUCGGGGCAUACAGAAGGAGAUGGAGGGUUUUGAGGCGUUCAUAGCAGAAACAGGGUUGAUCGACUUACCAAUGAUUGGGAGAAGGUUUACCUGGUAUCAACCAAAUGGGAGAGCCAUGAGUCACCUAGACAGAUUCUUAAUAAAUGAGGAAUGGCUUGUAAAAUGGGAAGGCUUGAAACAGUGGGGUUUGAUGAGAAGCAUCUCAGAUCACUGUCCAGUGCUAUUGAAAAAUGAGGUGAAGAAUUGGGGGCCAAGGCCAUUUCGCUUCUUUGAUGCUUGGCUUAGGCAUCCGGAAUUCAAAGACAAAGUGGCAGAGGUGUGGAGAACAAAGGAGCUCAAAGGAACAGGUGGCUUUAUUCUCAAAGAGAAACUAAAAGCAACUAAAGUAUAUCUGAAGAAAUGGAGCACAGAAUACAAUAGUGAGCUGAACAAAACAAUAGAAGAAUGCGAGGAAGUCAUACUCCAAAUAGAUGUGAAAGGUGAAGCUCAAACAUUAACUGAAGAGGAGCUGGAAUUAAAAAAGAAGAAUGAAAUCGAUCUGUGGCAAAAAAUGCAGAUCAAAGAUUGUAUGGUGAGACAAAAAGCAAGGACUCAAUGGCUCAAACUCGGAGAUGCAAACUCAAAGUUUUUUCAUCAAUGCAUCAAAGGUAGAUGGCGUAGAAAUGAAAUUAACUACCUGGAGGUGGGAGGCACAAAGCUAAUGGAGAUCACAGAUCUAAAGGAAGGUGUCAUGAAGUACUUCCAGGAACUAUUCACAGAAGAUGAUUGGGAAAGACCAAUAUUGGAGGGAAUUGAAUUCAAGAAGGUCACACUAGAGCAAAAUAGAAUGCUGACUGCACAAUUCACAAAAGAAGAGAUAAAGGAAGCUGUGUGGGACUGUGACAGUUCAAAGGCCCCAGGACCAGAUGGAUUUAAUUUCGGUUUUCUCAAAGCAAUGUGGGAGACAGUGAAGGAUGAUGUUGUAAAAUUCGUUGAAGACUUUCAUACAAGUGGAAGAUUAGUAAGAGGCUCAAAUGCAUCUUUCAUUGUUCUAAUUCCGAAAAAGGAGAACCCAAUAAGAAUUGAGGAUUAUAGACCAAUUUCGUUAAUCAGAUGCAUGUACAAAAUUAUUGCAAAACUACUUGCAAACAGAAUGAAGAAGGUGAUGGAGGGGUUGAUAAGCGAACAACAAUCAGCAUUCAUACAAGGGAGACAGCUUAUGGACAGUGUAGUUGUGGCCAAUGAAACCAUCGACGAGAUUAAGAAGAAGAAGAAAAAGAGCCUCAUCUUCAAAAUUGACUUCGAGAAAGCCUACGACAAGGUUUCUUGGAAUUUCAUAGAGUAUAUGCUGAUGCGCAUGGGAUUUGACAAUGUUUGGAGGAAGUGGAUUAUGGAGUGUCUUCGCUCAAGCACAAUCUCAGUUUUAUUGAAUGGCAGUGCAACAAAGGAAUUCAGUGUGAGCAAGGGCUUGCAACAAGGCGACCCUCUCUCCCCCUUCUUGUUCCUUAUAUCCGCUGAGGGCCUUUCAAAACUAUUAGCAUCCGCUGAAAAAAAAGAUUUGUUCAAUGGAAUUACGGUAGGCUCGAAGGGGCUGAAAAUUUCUCAUCUCCAAUUUGCGGAUGACACUAUCAUUUUUGGAGAGGCCUCGGAAAGAAAUGUCAAGGCAAUUAAAAGUAUCUUGAGGAUCUUUGAAAUGGUUUCGGGACUCAAAAUCAACUACAACAAAAGCAAGUUGUAUGGAAUGAAUAUAGAAGAGGAAGUCUCUCAACGUUGGGCCAUAUUCUUGAAUUGCAAAACGGGUAAACUACCCAUGACCUACCUGGGCAUGCCAAUUGGAGCAAGUUUGAGAAGCAAGGACACAUGGGCAGAACUGAUAAGCAAAAUAGGGAGGAAGUUGGCUGGCUGGAAAAACAGGUUUUUAUCCCUGGGGGGGCGUAUUGUCAUUAUAAACUCCGUGUUGACUAGUCUUCCUGUCUUCCUUAUGUCUACUUAUCUAUUACCUGCUGGAGUGAUAAAAAAGAUUGAUGCAAUUAGAAGGAAAUUUUUAUGGGGUGGGUGUGAGGAGAGAAACAAGAUUGCAUGGGUAAGGUGGGAUAAAGUUUGUAAGGAUAGGAAACAAGGGGGGAUGGGUAUUAAAGACCUUAGGAUGUUUAAUUUAGCGUUGAUGGGGAAAUGGUGGGGGAGAUUAGUUAAUGAGCAAGGAGGCUUAUGGAGAAGAGUGCUCUUAGAUAAAUACAAAGGGGAAGGAGGAAGCUGGGGAGAAUGGAUAACAGAGGGGCAGAACAGGGGAUCUAGAUGGUGGAAAGAUGUUUGCAAAAUUAAUGAGUUGGUUGAGGGGAAACGGGAUUGGGUGAAGUCGGGCUUUAAGUUGGUUAUAGGAGAUGGUGCUAAGGUCUCCUUUUGGAGACAAGUGUGGGUGGGAUCUCAUAGCUUAGAAGUAAUGUUCCCUCAAUUAUCUUAUCUUUCCACAGAUAGACAAAGCACGGUGCAGCAAAUGGGAGAAUGGAUAGACGCCGAUGAUAGAUGGUGGUGGAGAUAUGAAAAAGACGGUGAAUACACAGUAAAAACAGCAUACAAGAUGCUAACAACAGAAGAAGGGGAUGAAAUUAAAUGUCUUAAGAGAUGCUGGAACUCAACAAUCCCAUUGAAAAUCUGUGCUUUUAGUUGGCUGUCAGUGCUUGGAUGUACACCUUGCAAGGUAAACCUCCUGAAGAGGAAUAUCAUUAGACAAGAAGCAGAUGCUAAGUGCAGUUUCUGUGCAGAAAUAGCAGAAAAUGAGGACCACCUACUACUGUGGUGUGAUUUUUCAGGAAAAAUUUGGAACAAAAAUCUUGCAUGGUGGGAAAUCACGUAUGUCAUGGCCAGGAGUUGUAAGGAUGCUUUUCUCCAACAUAGCUGGGCGGGUAGAAACCAAAAGGGGUGGCAGGUGAUAUGGUAUGCUACAAUCUGGGCCUUAUGGUCAACUCGGAACCGUAGAAUUUUUGAGGCAAAGCAAGUGUCCACUGAAGAAGUGUUCCACAUGGUACAAUACAACUCAUACUGUUGGAUAAAGAGCAAAAUUGAAGGCUGGACAUACUCUUUUGCAGACUGGUGCAGUGCUCCUAGUAGAUGCCAAAUAGUAAAAGUUCUGAAACUAAGGUUAAUAGAACUUGGGCAAGGUGAGAUGAGAUGAUGUCUGCAGGAAUACCAUAUGAUGGUGUUUUUUAAACAGUAGGGGUUUCCCGUGCCAGUGGGUUUAAUGAUCAAAACAGUGAGAUAUGGAGAAAUUGCAAAAGAGGGCAGAAAACCCGACACGGGUGUGGUGUCGACAUAUAAAUAUGGUGUCGACAC